GAGCUUAACAUCCCGUUGUUAGUUUUAACAUGUUUAGGACAGUAAUUAUACUCUGGCAAGUGCUGAUACUUGGUCACCUUGUCCAUUCUCUGGAUAAUUUGGCAACAGCCAUCACUCCUAGAGACUGCAGUCUAGCAUGUAUUCGCCAGGGGGGACCAGGUUGCGACUACUGCAGAAUAAGCAGUGACGAAAUCAGUACCGCUCUCGGCCUCAAGUCUCGCAAACUAAUUGGAAGUUGCAUCCCAUGGCCAUGUUUAAAACUGUUAGGUGAAGAGGACCCUAGCAUUUGUCAACACUACGUUCAAGCACCUACUGAUGUGAUUGUUGAAUUUCUUCCUAAUCCGGACCCUAAUACUGACAGUGUGGUUGUCUCCUGGAAGCCAAGUCUAUAUGGCAUUGCCUUCCUGCGUGGCUUUCAGGUGAUUCUGCAGCCUUUGGGAGGUUCCGGUGUUGCAUGUCAGCUCUUUCUCUUUCAUCAAAACCUCACGCUCUCUGCUUCACAUGCUCAAAGGGUGUACAAAUCAGACCCUUUCCCAGGCCUCCCCCUUGGAUCCCAAUUUUCCCUGACAGUUAUGGCUCUGCCAGUGCCUGAGAAAUGGGAGCAUUUCUAUCGUGGCAAGAUCUUCUCCACACGCACAUGUACAGAGAAAAAUGGCUUUCAACUAUGCAAAAGAGACUGGUAUCCGCAACAUGUUGAUGUUCAGCAGCGAGGAACUGUGAUGACCAUCACCUUCAACCUGGCACCUCUUAACUUUGGCAUUAAAAGCUAUUUUUCUGUUUGUGUAGCAAAUGGCAAGACCACAUACACAGAAAUUGAACCUAAUUACUCUAAAAACAAAACACAUCACAGCUUUGAGCUCAGGGACCUCAAAGAAGGAGCCAAUUACACAUGCGAGAUAGCUGCAAACCAAAUGGAUGCUGUAAGGAAAUUAUUCAACUUUCAAGUCGAGCAUCGAGAGGCUGUUUCCAUAGCUCCCUCCUGGACUCUAUUUAUUCCUGUGAGUUUUGCUGCAGUGGUCAUUGUUGUCGUGCUGUGGGCUGUUCGAAGGCCGACACCGCGCGUACAAAUGAAGGAGCCUUACCUCCAAGCAGAUUUAACCGAGAGCCUGGAAGAAGUGAAGGCCCAGGAGGAAGUGAUGAUACAAUCUGAAAACCGGAAGAACCCUCCACGUCUCUUAAUUUGCUAUAGCAGCAAUGAUGGCCCUGCGCACGUCAAUGCGGUUAUGAAGCUCGGCGCCUUUGUUCAGCAACACAUGGCCACUCAGGUGUCUCUGGAUCUUUGGGAUUCUCUGGGACUGGCCGAGGAGGGACGCACGGCCUGGUUUGCCCGUCAGAUCCGGGAGAGCGACUUUGUCUUGGUAAUUUGUUCCAGGGGCCUCUGCCGCAAAAGCGGGCCUUCAGCAGAAGGCGUCUUUAGUUCUAAUGGGAUGGUAGGCCUCAUCGGAGCAGAAGUGGGCCGAGCCAAAUCUGACGGAAAGGACCUAUCCAAGUACAUGGCUGCCAUUUUCAGUUAUUCUGAAGAGACAGAUAUUCCCACCGAACUAGGGCUCGUGUUCCGUUACAGGCUGACAGCCGAUUUACCUCUGCUUUUCUCGCAACUCCACCAAGUCCCGCUUCACACGCCAGGCCGUUAUGUAAAGAUUGACAACAUCUCACAGGAAGAUUUUAUCCUGUCACCCGCUGGACAGGCUUUGCAGCAGGCGAUCAAUGAAUCAGAGCAGGCAAUGAAAGAAAGUAAAGAGAGAUUUGGCAGUGAGGAGUAAAGCAAUGACAGAAAUUUAAAGACCCAGGUGAAACGAACAAAAGAAUAGUCCCCCCCUCUCUCUGAUAACAUUAUACAAUCUGUCAUAUAUUCUCAGUGGCUAUGUUUCUAUGCAGCCAAUAUCCAGGUUAAGGUAAUUCAUUCAUUCAUUCAAUCAUUCAUUCAUUCAUUCAUUCUUCUUCUGUACCGUUUAUGUUUAUGAGGGUCGAGGCUAACCAUGCUAAAUAUUCAGGUUUUUUUUUUUAGACAUUAAAAUAAUCAUUUUACAUGCACAAGCAAACUGGGUUUUCAGUAAAGCAGCAUACUCCUUUCCAACGUCUGACGCAUGGCGACAUCAUCAUGCACAGAGUCAUGAGAGUCGAGUCGACAUCAUGAUACAAACCACAUCAUUUUAGCAACUCGCCAAACCCCACAAACUUGUAACUGUUCGCCCUUCUUGUAAAUCUCCCUACCAUGGUACAGUUUACCACCAUUAAAAAACUUAAUGUUGAAGUCUUUCACUACUCUGGUGAAGUGAUGAGUUUCCUUCUCAGGCCAAAGGAUUUUAAGUUGUUUUUCGCCACGUAAUGUGCAGCAGCAACUACUUCCUGUAUUAGAUUUUGAGCAUGCACAGAACAUAAAUAUGACAUGCCUUUUUAACAUUGUGUGGAAGUUUGGGACACUACAGAAUGAAUGGCAGACUGGGGUGGUGGUUCUUCUUUUUAAAUAAGGGGACCAGAGGAUGUGUGCCAACUACAGGGGCAUGACACUCCUCACCCUCCCUGGGAAAGUCUACCACAAGGUACUGGAAAGGAGGGUCCGGCCGAUUGUCGAGCCUCGGAUUGAGGAGGAACACUGUGGGUUCCGACCUGGUCGUGGAACAACGGACCAGCUCUUUACUCUCACUGGAGUCCUGGACGGGGCUUGGGACUAUGGUCAUCUAGUCCAUAUGUGCUUUGUGGACCCGGAAAACUCAUAUGACCAGGUCCCCCGGGAUAUACUGGACUUCAUAGGGCCAUCCAAUCCCUGUAAACCUAAACUGAGAGUUGUGUCCAUGUCUUUGGCAGUAAAUCAGACUUGUUCCAAGAGAUGUUGGCCUUUGCCAGGGUUGCGCUUUGCUACCAAUUCUGUUCGUGAUUGUCACGGACAGGCUAUCGAGUUGUAGUUUUGGCGGAGAGGGUAUACAGUUUGGUAGGUUGAGGAUUGCAUCGCUCCUUUUUGCAGAUGAUGUGGUUUUUGCAGCCGUGUGUAAGGCGUGGAUGAGGAUCAUCACCUCUUAAUCUGAGGCCAUGGUUCUCUGCAGGAGACCUGUGGAUUGCCUUCUUCGGGAAGAGAAUGCGGUCCUGCAAAUAGUGAAGGAGUUCCAGUAUCAUGGAGUCUUUUUCACGUGUGAGGGAACAACGGAAAGUGAGAUUAGAUAGAGAAUCGGGGCAACAGAAGCAGUAUUUAUUGCUUUAUCGCACUGUUGCAACGAAGAGAGAGCUGAGCCGAGAGGCAAAGCUUUCCAUCUUCAUUCCUACUCUCACCUAUGGUCAUGAACGAAAGAACAAGAUUGCGGGUACAAGCAGCCGAAACUGUUGUUCUCAGGCAGAUAGCCGACGACUCCUUCAGAGACAGGGUCACAAACGCUGCUAUUCGUGAGAGGCUCAGAGUGAAGUCGCUGAUCCUUCAUGUAGAAACGAGUUGGUUGAGGUCGUUCCAGCAUCUGCUGUGGAUGCCACCAGGGUGCCUCUCUAGAGAGGUGUUCCUGACACGAACAGCUGGGAAAAAAACCUUGGGGCAGGCCCAGAACCAGGUAGAGGGAUUAAAUCUCAACACUGGUUUAGCAGUGCCUCGGGAUUGGGGCUCCCUGCUGAAACUACUUCCCCCGCGACUCGACUUGUUACCGGUUAAAGAUGGAUGGAUGGACAGAACAUAAAUGAAGGCUCCCUUCUCAGGUGAUAGCUAGUUUCAAGGCCAGAUAUUCGGUUGAUAAAAGAAUUAACCCGAGAGUAGUGAUUGGAUUUUUAAAAAACAGAAUAUAAUAAUAUUGGGGUUUUCAAACCUGUUUACAUGGCCUUACAUAACCGGGGUAUUGUCAAAUACCUGAUUACGAAAGGGUUAUUGGCCGCAUCUAAACAUAUAGUAGCCACUAUCCAUAUUAGCAGACGGAAGACAGAUUUAUACACGCACACACACAAAUUAUAUUCACACAUACAAACAAAAAAGUAAUCAUCCUGUAAUUGUCGGAUAGUGUAUUUUCUUCAAGGAUGACUCUUUAUAUAGGAAAUUAUAUAAGAAUUCCGGCCUAUAUGUUUUUUGCGGGGACCAGUGUUGUUAAUCUUACUGAAAAAAAGUAAUUAAUUAUAGUUACAAAUUACUUCUCCCAAAAAGUAAUUGCGUUAGUAACUCAAUUACCUGAAUGUAAGAGUAAUUAGUUACUUGGCAAAGUAAUUGGUGAUAAUUACUUUUUUUUUUCCCUCAAAAAAAAAAAAAAAAAAAAAAAAAAAAAAAAACAUUGGCCACACUAUGUGAAGUUUUUUGUGAAGGUUUUUGGUACAAUUGGCCCGAGCCCAAUUCUUUACCCUAAUUUACCCUUUACCCUGAAUCAACUGUAAAAAGUUGUUAAAAUUGCUCCCAUUAUUGCAUUUGUUCCCUUCUCUCUACUUUCGACAUAUGAAAGUUUUAAAACUGUUUCAUCAUUUAAAGAUAGAUUCAAGUCAAGAUUUUGCCGAUUUAGAAGUAUUUAUAUAAAAAGAUUAAAAGAAGAUAAAAAGUUACUUAGGUUCGCUCGGAAGGUUCUCUUUAACAGAGCCGUCCUAAAAAGUCUACUGCUUUAAGAUGGCGGCUGUCUACUAACGCAUUUAGUGCCAUGCAGUGUUGUUAAUUUUACUUUAAAAAAGUAAUUAAUUACAGUUACAAAUUACUUCUCCCAAAAAGUAAUUGCGUUAGUAACUCAGUUACCUGAAUGUAAGAGUAAUUAGUUACUUGGCAAAGUAACUAGUGAUAUGUUUUUUUCUUUCUCAAAAAAAAAAAAAAAAAAAAAAAACACACACACACACACAGGUCACACAAUGUGAAGCUUAAAGUGUUUGGGGGACAAUUGGCCCUAGCCCAAUUCUUUACCCUCCACUUAACUAGACACAAGGGUAUUGCGAUAACUAGCUAGUAACCUUUGCUGUGUGUGGAAGUCAUUUAAAGUUGUGAAUCAAUCGUUAAAGUUGUUAAAAUUUCUCCCGUUAUUGCAUUAGUUCCCUUCUGUCUACUUUAAACAUGUGUAAGUUUUAAAACUGUUUCAUCAUUUAAAGAUAGAUUUAAGUUAAGAUUUUGCCGAUUUAGGAGCAUUUUAGAUUUUAAAAAAUUACUUAGGUUCGCUAGGAAGGAUCUCUACAUCAGGGCCUUCCUGAGAGGUCUACUGCUUUAAGAUGGCGGCUGUUUACAAACGCAUGUAGUCCUUAAAACAUGUUGGCAGUGCAGCAGUGUCUAUCAUUUGCAUCUAGUUCUAUAAUAUGAUAUCUACCGUGUCAUGUGGGCGUAGUUUGUCUGCUAUGGCUGCAGUCAGGUAUUAUUGGAGCCACCUAGCAUCGCGGUUGCAACGGCGUCUUCCCCACUCCUGCUCUGCUCUCGUCCCCGUGAGUCCGUUUCUCUCAGACUUUUUUUUAUUCAACCAACUUAGUAACGCAUAGUAACGCACGCCUUUCCCGCCUCAGUAACGGUAACGGCGUUGCCAAGAUGAGAAAAGUAAUUAAUUAGAUUACUCAUUACUGAAAAAAAUAACGCCGUUAGUAACGCCGUUAUAUUGUAACGCCGUUAUUAACAACACUGGCGGGGACUGAUCCAAAUUUCUCAAUUCCCACACGGCUCUCUGCUGCUCACAUUAGUUAAUGACAGCCACAAACUUCUACAAAAAGUGGCACGAAGCAAAUACGUGGGUAGCCAAAUUACAGCUGGUCUCCCUCCAUGAGCAACAUACUAUUUCUGCCUCAGCAGUGCACUUUGACCUAAAAAAAUGUGUAAAUACACUUUGAAUACUAGGUAUGUGCACCCAAAGAUUUAAUUAAGCUAUCAAACUCAAACACAAGAGUUCUAUUAUUUGCUUUUCUAUAUAUUUUUAAGAUUGCACAAAUGCAAAUCUCAUGAUGGUGUAAUUACUGAUGUCAAUGAAUAAGCUAUUACUGUCUUAAGUGGAAGAACAUUUAUCUCAAGGUAUACUGUAUAUUACAAUAAUGUAUGUCUAGUGUACUCCCGAAUAUAUGUAGUACCAAAAUGAUAUUCACAAAAUGAAUAUGAAUGUUUACAUUGUGUUUUCCAAGAUGGGCUAAUGAGCUGAGUCCGUUGUGUUGACAGUUAGUGCGUUAAUGAACUUUGUGUCUUGUUUGAUCUUAAUUCAUGUACUAAAUAAUCAUUCAACUACUACUUGGAUACCUCAAACACAGUUUGCGCUGAUUCAUGUUUCCAUUGUGAUUGACAGACUUUGUAUAGCAAAUCAUGCCAGUAAAAGCCUUCAUAUCUUGGGCGUUUUCAAGCACUAUGUAUUUUGUGAGUGCAAUUGUUAACAAUGAUAUACCUCAAUAUGCAAGACUGUCUGUGAAACAUAUGUCUGGGACAUAAAUGUUGAGAAGACAAUAUUUGUAAUGUAUGUACGUAAGUGAAUUGGUUGAAUUGUGUUCUAUUUAUUGCUUUUCUAUUUAAAUAUCUAAUAAAGAGACAUUUCAUCUGUACAUUCUGUGUGCCAUGUAACAAUUACAGUACACUAUUGUAUGUAAUUAUAUCGCAUUCUCAACAAAUUACAGUUAUGACUUUGCUUAAAAUCUUGUGCAACUGACAGACAACAAUGAAUUGAGGACCAGAAUGCCCAUUUAACCAACUUUGUCAUGUCCUAUGCUAUUUUGAGCCACGAUGGUGCAAAGAUGAUCUUCUAAUGAUAGAUGUACGUAAUACCAAACUAGUCGGCAAAAAGCUAAAAUACUGUACGUGAUACCAAACUAGUCGGCAAUAAGCGGAAAAUAUUUUCUAUGUGAGUCAAUUCAAGAAAAAAGUCCCAUCUUCUAGUCUUAAAAAUGCUAUUGGAACACCCAUUACAUAUGGAAACAUAUAGGUACAGUAUAAUUUUGGAGGAAAUAUCAUUCAUGUCUUUUCUGAACCAACCUCAAUAAAGUGACACUCCAGUGGAAGUCAACUUUGAUAAAUUAUUUGAUUUGGUCAAAGAAAAGAUGUGUUGUUUACAAGUCCACCAAAUUUGAAUUAAUGAAAAAUAUGCUAAAUAAUUUUAAUAAGACUUCAAAAUGGGGAGGAAGG